AUGAUAGAUUUUAUGGACUAUAUCCAGCUCGCCUUCUCCGAUGCCACACACUGGAAUAGAGAUAAUUCCUACACUGCGCUCACCGAUACCGCCAAUGCUCUCCUCGAUUUUUCCAUACCAGAACGGCUCCGCGUUCACCUCUCAUCUCUAUCCACCCCCCAAUUCGCGACCACGUAUACACUUGGCACAGUAGGCCUUAUCGAUGGCUCCAUAUCGUACUUAUUUAGCACCCUGCCGCUGGAGAGCACGCCCAGCAGGAGCACCCUGAUCCCGUUGCGGAGAUUAGUACCAGGAUAUAGGCAGAUUCAUCCUCCAUUGGCGCCGGAGAGCCGGGAUGAGUCUCGACAUGCAGAGCCCAAUGAAAGGAGUGAAAAGGCGUUACAAAGCUGGCGAAAGGAGACGAUGCUUCACGCCACAUUGCAUUUGCCCCCUCCAACGACCUUGAACGGCUUAUUCCUCCGUCGAAUCUCACCCACAACACAGCUCUCGUUGGCAGUAUGCUCAACGCAGGCAACGCCGCUGUCUAAAUCCACCCCUCAAGCAUCAAUAUUAACGCAGCUGUCCCACGACACCGGAAAGUAUAGUGCAGAAUUUCUGUUCAGCACCGACAAUGCACUGUUAGGAUUCAAAGGGCUGUGGAACUUCGGGCCCGACCCCAGACAUGCGGCGACCGCACAGCGUCCAAGGACUGCAUCUCAAUCGGUUUCAUUACUUUCCGCAGGCGGAGAGAUGUAUUAUUCUCCUCUUUCUUCCGUCGUAGGCCUGUCAACAGGCUUACGCUUUACUACCUUGCCAGCAGCAUCGGAGUCUAUACAUUCCUUGUCAUCUACGCAUCCAGCGCAAUCACCCAUUUCCACCUUUCCAUACACGCUUACCCUCACAUUGACACCGUUAACUGGCUCCUUGUCGACGACGUAUUCUCUCCUCGCGUCGCCGAAUUUGGCAUUUAGCUCACGAUUCGGAUUUAACGUGUAUAGCUGGGAAAGCGAGAUGGUUGCUGGAUGCGAGUUGUGGAGACGAAAGAAGAAGCGACAUGCAAGCACGUUAAGCGACAAAGAUGAUCUCUCCUGGGCGAAGAGGAAGAUGGGACUGUUACCUCCACUUCCUCCGUCACCGGUGAAAGGGACAAGUGCAAGUGCUGUUACUCCAGCAGGAGAACAGAAGGAAUCCGAUUCGGUGAUAAAGCUCCGCGUCGAUCAAUCCCUGAACGUCCGACUGCUUUGGGAGGGUAGGGUUAAGGAUCUCCUAGUCAGCGCUGGUGUAGGGCUGGGGCCAUCGUUGCCUUCGAUUGGCGGAACCACAUAUGGGUGGACUGGAGUUGGUGUGUCCGUGUUAUAUUCAACAUGA